AAGCCGUCCCCGAGACCACCUUUCUUCCAAACCACUCUGGUUUUCCCCCUCUCUCUCUCUCUCUCUCUCUUUCUUUUUGCAUAUUCAUUCAAACCGUCAGCGAAACUCACGCGCUAACAGAUGGAGAUGGACUAAUGGAGAGUCGCCAGUUUUUCUAAAUUGAGCGGGGAAGUUAGAUUAGAUAGAAAUCUCAGAAACCCUAAAAUUCAGUAGCUAUGGCGUCGUCGAAGGUGAUGGCAUCUUCGAGGUCGGCGAAUUCGGAUCUCGCACGUCAAUCCUCUAUAUAUUCGCUAACUGUUUCGGAGAAUCAGAACGAUCAGAGCAGGAACUUUAGCGGGUCUAUGAACAUGGACGAGCUUCUCAGGAACAUGUACGGUGAUAAUCCGGCAGCCGAGAUUAUCCCGACCGCCGGACCCGGCAGUUGCGCUGAUGGUCAAGCCAAUGGUGCCGGGAUGUCUUCCACGCUGUCGAAGAGUGUCGGCGGCAGCAAGUCGGUCGAUGAAGUGUGGAAGGAGAUCGCUGCCAGUGGUGGUGAUCGGAAAAUUAGAGCUAUUGAGGAGGGACAGUAUUUCAAGGACUCCGCAAUUGAGCAGAUGACCUUGGAGGAUUUUCUUGCGAAAGCGGGAGCUGUUAGGGAGGAGGAUGUGAGGAUUCCACAGGUGGCGGGGGCUGGACAAGGGGUUUAUUCAGUUGAUCCUUUGUUGGCUAAUCGUUUCCCCCCGCAGCAGAUAGAAGGAUCAAUUGUAGGGUUUGGGAAUGGAGUGGAGGGAGCAGCAGCAGCAGUAGGAGUCGGAAGGGGGAAAAGAAGAAUAGUGGAAGAGCCGAUUGAUAAAGUUGCUCAGCAGAGACAAAGGAGGAUGAUUAAGAACAGAGAGUCUGCAGCUAGGUCCAGGGAACGGAAACAGGCUUACACCGUUGAGCUAGAAUCUCUAGUAACACAGCUGGAGGAGGAAAACGCACGGCUAGUGAAAGAGCAGGCAGAGCAAACAAAGAAGAGGUAUGCACAGCUCAUGGAAUAUCUUAUCCCAGUACAGGAGAAGCGCAGGCCACCUCGUGUUCUUCGAAGAGUUCACUCUGUGCAUUGGUAGGGUUAUUUAAUAAUCCAUGCAGAAAAACAGAGAAGGAAUCUUUUCUAUUGAAUGAUGGUAAAGAUAUAGAAGGUUAGCACCACUGUGACAAGGCCAUAUCUCUCUUGGGAAAACGUAUGUGUUGUGUAUCUUCCCCUACUGAUAGUGUUUUGAGGGCGUGUCCAUUCAUGUAUAAAGAGUAACUAAGAGUUUGUGACUAAGAUUUGAAGGAAAUUUCUGUGAAGCCAAGGUUGGAGGUAUACAGUAUACUACUAAUACUUCCAUCCAUGUAUACGUAAUAGAUUAAUACAAGGAGGGUGGUGUCGAGUGGUUAAUUAGAAGUUAUUGUUAAAAGAAAACAAUUUCAGUUGCAGAAGCCUGUAUCCCCUUUUGUUGCUGUGGCCUAUGAGGGGGACGGGGAGACGGGGAGGCUUGAACUUAUAUCCAUUUAAAAUAUAACAAAUCUUUAAGAGAACUUUGAAGA